UUGUUGAAAUAAAUGGAGCCCAACAAGAUCUUGACUCGCAUACUUGGUAGCCAUGCUUCCCUUGCUUAUUAUUUCCCCAACGAACUCGAUCCUCCUUUUGAAGCAGAAGAUCUAUUUCCUCGUAAUCGACGCAACAAGAGAAGACGUAGAUUACAUGCACUGUUGGACAUUGAUGAUAAACCAACAGAGAAAACCAUAGAGCGUGAUCCACAGAUCAUGACAGCAUUUAAAGACAUUGAAUUUCCAUUGGAUCCUUUUUAUCGACGCGUCUUGAAAAAGCAUCAGAUUGAAGGUCUCAAGUUUAUGUGGGAUCGUGUGUGUAAAGACAAAAAAGGUUGCUUAUUGAGUCAUUCGAUGGGACUUGGUAAAUCACUCCAGACCAUUGCUUUGUUGAUUACUAUUUAUCAACAAUUAAGGAAAUAUCCUUCGCUUCAAUUUCCUGCUGGUAACCGCGUCUUGAUAUUGGGACCUUUAGUGACAUUGUCUAACUGGGCAGAAGAAUUUCGAAAAUGGUCUGCUGGUGAUAUUGAGGAUACGAUUGGUGAAGUUUUUAUGUUUUCCACGAUUCGAGGAGGCAACAAGAUUCGAGAGAAAAGAAUCAAAUUUCUUCACUACUGGUAUACACACGGCGGUGUGAUGCUUAUGAGCUAUGAACAAUUCCGUGCGCUCUUGACCGAAAAGAAGCCAAGCAUAGGCGAAAAUUCUUUUGGUCAUUAUAUACUGAACCCUGGGCCUGAUAUAGUUGUGUUGGAUGAAGGUCAUCGUAUCAAGAACUCAACCACAGCACUUGCUCUGCUUGUCACUCAAUUCAAGACACCAUCCCGUAUUUGUCUGACUGGCUAUCCUUUACAGAACCAUUUACUUGAAUAUUAUUAUAUGAUUAGCUUUGUCUCUCCUGGCUUAUUAGGUACACCUGAGCAUUUUAAAGCUCAUUUUGUCAAUACAAAGAAAAAAACAGCGGCUAUCAAGUUGUAUACCUUACAAUUGAUGACAAACAAAGUUACUCAUCGUCGUGAUGAAUCAAUCCUAAGACAAGAAUUGCCUCCUAAGCAUGAAUAUCUUGUCAAGUUUAAGCUGAGCCAAGUACAGCUGGAAGGAUACACUCAUUUAUUGAAUGGUAUAGUAGAGAAUGGAGGCCCUUUGAUUGCUUUGUUAGUCUUGAGGUCCAUGUGUAAUCACCCCAAGAUCUUUCAGAAUUUGCUUCAAAAGAGAAUAGAAAGAAAAAGAAAUGCGCAACUGGAUAAAGAGAUGAAGCAACACCAGCAAAAUAUAGAAGAAGAAGUAGCAGUUCAAGAUAUAGAAGAAGACAUAGCAGCACAAGAGAAUGAAGAAGAUGAACUUGUUCAAUGGCUUUCUUUAGAAACAAACCAACCUAUGAUUGAAUAUUUUGAACAGUUGAAUGCUGAAUCUUGGACAUGCUCUGGAAAAAUGACUUUUGUAGCCAAUCUUGCUAUUGAAUGUAGUCUCAUCCAAGAGAAAAUAGUAGUUGUGUCCCAUAGUUUAGCAUGUUUAGACUAUAUUCAACAUAUUUUACCUGUAUUUGGCAUGAAAGCACUGCGGGUGGAUGGUCAUACAGUAGGCAAUGAAAGACAACAUAUCAUCAACAAGUUCAGUACAGAUCAAGAUGUGAGCAUUAUGCUUCUGUCUGCUAAAGCUGCUGCUAUUGGUAUCAAUCUGACAGCUGCUAACCGUAUUGUGCUUGUCGAUCAAGACUGGAAUCCACUGUAUGAUGAACAGAGUAUUGGCCGCAUAUACCGUUAUAACCAAACAAAGCCUGUUUAUGUCUAUCGCUUAGUGACAGCAUCCACUAUAGAGGAACGUAUUCUGAACCAAAGUAUACAUAAGAACAGUAUUUUUCGGCGCGUCAUUGAUAAUCAACGAUUUACUGCGAAUAUCAGCAAAGACGAGCUUAGGCAGUAUUAUAUGCCUCCUGAUCCAACCAUAGCCACUAUUGAAGUCGUGUCAGCCAAAAUCAAGCAAGACAAUAUAGCCUGUUUGGUCUAUGCAAAGAACAAGGAAAUGAUAGUACAAGCAGAACCCUACAUACCAGCCUCUUUAGAAGACAAGAUAGGCAAUACAUCUUGGUAUGAAUUGACUAGUCAGGAUAGAGAUGAAGCCAUAUCAGAAGUUCGUCGGUACAAGAAGGAUGCCAUUCGAUAUACAAAAGAACUAGAGACGAUAUAAUUCUUUAUUUGUAAUAAACAUGUACAAUAAUAAUG